AUGCUCAACCCAACCUUUGCCAACCGACUGAGCUGGCUGUACGCAGUUGGAAACACACCAGCAACCAGCCUUACACGGAAUGUCCCCAUCGGCAGCGAUGUAGACGUCCUGAGCCUCGGGUGUGGCGACGUCAGAAACAUUCUCUACACCUCCUAUACGGAAGCCAGUUCGGUGCCUCGGAAAAUAGACAUCACGUGCUGCGACUAUGAUGAAAAGAUUAUCGGUCGCAACGUUGUUUUGGUGACUCUUCUGUUGGACGGAAACGGCGAUGUCCGACCUGGCCAUCUUUGGGAUAUUUACUAUCAUUUAUACGUGGAGGAUGCGGCUGCGGAGAUUGUACUUCGACAGGUUCAGAAGCUAAUUCCUCUUCUGGAGUCACUGCAACGCUGGAGCACGGGGCCGUAUGGUCAGAUCGUUCGAUUGUGCGAUGAGCAUUCCCUGGAGGACGCCAGGCACGUGUGCCAAAGAAUUCUUGAUGGCGCACAGAAUCGACAGAAUGAUUCCCAUGCACGACGUUUUAAAAGCAACCUGGAAAGAGCAACCGAGGCAAGGAGGAUCCUCUACAAGAGCGACUUUACCAACCUAACGGGUAUGAGAUCUGCCGCCCCGGUUUCUCUGCAUUCUAUGGAGGAUAUUGCGGAGGCGUCCAAGACGUACUGGAAGUGCGGAAUGGUGUCCCCAGAUUCUAAGCCUGGUUCUGUCCCAAACCCCAUGUUCGCGGGCCUCCUUUCCCGGAAUGAGGUUUACCACUACGGGAGUGAUCCUGUUCUGGGAUACCAUCUAGCUACUGCAUUCGCGCCGCUCACCGAAAAUUCUCCCCUUCGAGUCCCGGACCAGAAGUCAGCUACCAAGGUGGCCGCCGCCGCAAAGUCCCAAUUCUAUGAAUGGGUCGCCGCGUUCAGGGAAAUCGCUCCGAAAAGACUCGUGUUGCGGUUCGUGGUGGCCGACGCGUUGGCUUGUUGUCACACUUUGCAGCAUCUCGGGGCUACGGGGAAACCGUCCGCGAACUGGUACCGACGACAGUGGGAGCUGAAGGUGCUGCAACUCCAGGCCGACGAGUAUGGGCCCAAAGGCAAGGGCCCAACGCUCUUCGACGUCGUAGACACGUCAAACUUGUCUGAUCAUAUUGGCGUCGUGAACCUCAUCAUCGCCGCCUCCCCACUUCUCAAAAGACAACCCUGGGCUACGCUCUGCACCGAAACGCUGUGCAAGAGAGGAACAUCGCAACGGGAGGCAGUGGGGAGAAUACUCUGCGGUAACCCUACCACCUCAUCAUUGUUGUUGGGGGUAAGCCUAGUUCAGUACUGGUCGAAUGCAAAGUGUGAAUCCCAUGUGGACGAGAUGUUUAUGGGGGCUUUGGGCAGCAUGGGCGCCUCUUCCAGACACCAAGCCGAAGAAACGCAGCUUCAUAGCCGUCUGGCAUGGAAGCGAGAUGACCAGUUCUCGGGACAUCCGAAUGGCUAUGGCGAGUUCCAUGUGGAAGUAUCAGCUCUAGUUCGAGUCCUUUUUCAGAUAUACUUGCACAUGUUCUCCUCGGAAAGCUACCGUGUUUCGGAAGAAAUUUUUGAGAGAAGCACAGCCUAUAAGCAUUUCCAUAGAGGCAGCUUUUCCUCUUUUCUUAAAGUCGUCAAACACAGAGUCAAGACCGACUGGCAAGCGGUUUGCUCCCAACUUCUGGACAAAAUAUCACAGGAUCGAACACUCGCACUGUCGACAAAUCACUUGCAGGAACUGGGGAUUCAGAUGUACUUGCAGGACGUGAGUGCCGAAGCUUGGCUACCCCCCGAGAAUAAUACGUUCCUCAGUGUUGGACCUUUCCGGCAUUGGAAGAGCAUCCCACUUGCCGUGGCUGUUACGGUUGUGAUCCCUCGCCCUGCAAUUAACCGGCUUUACGAUGUGUCAAAGAUGCAUGAGCUAUCAUCACCAACGCUGGUUGCCUCUCUCAGGGCAGGUCCUGGUUCCUCGAAUCAGUGGCACAACGUAUACAGCGACGUUCAAAUCGUCUUUGGGACGGUGAGAAAUCAUGCCCGCGACGAAAACACAGCUGUUGUCGUUGAACAGGACGAACAUGGGUGGAACGGGAAUGCGUCUUUGAUCGCGUCUUUUAUGGUACCAACAGGGGUGUUGCAAGUCGACCCGGUUGAUGCGUUGGUCGGAAUUUGCGUUGCGCCAUCAGGCCAGGCAGCGAUGCUAUAUGCACAAGUACUUGGCGUGGAUAUGACGGUGUUCGAGACCAGUAUCUCGGCAGCUUCGGACGUGUUUGUUACAAGCAUGAUGCCGGGUCAAACUGGCCAUCGCGUUGUGUGUGGAGGACUGCAACCACUCAAGGUAGUAGAGGAUGAUGCCGGUGCAGGAUUUGCUGAAAAGCUCCUGCUCGAGGUUCCUGCUUCGGAAUCCCACUUCACUACGAUUACAGGCCGCCUCGAUAUUUCCCCAGACAAGGCUCGGAAGCUUCUCCAGGACAAGGCGCCCAUCGCUUUGCGCCAGAACGACCCCUUUACUGUCGAUGUCCUCUUUGGCGCCAAAAAACUGUCACACACGCUUCAUUUUCCCUUACCAGUUACCCAAGCAGGAAACCGAUUGCGGGUUGCGAGGAAAUCUGGAUAUGUCGAAGUUGUCGCACCCAUAGCCUCUCCCAACGAAUCCGCAAUACUCUCAGACUUUGUAUAUCCGACCCGACUAAACACGGUGGGCCUACCAGCCGCAUUGAACGCGUCGCAUGUCAACCUGGAUGCGCUCCCCAUUCUGGACUUGACAAAGAAGAGCCAAAUGCAAUGGCUCGUGACAUUGGGGUCGCUGCAGUUUUCAUCUCGGGAAAAGAAGCUCCGAGCUGAAGGAAUGAAGGAGGGCGGUACUGUCGAGAAUGUUCGCGUCAACUUCAAAGAGUCUCUCUUCACCAUGUGCAUGGUGGCGUCAGGCCUUCAGGGAGGUCAGACCGGCCUAUUUGCCAUAAACCACCCAAAAAGGGGCGGCAUUCAUAUGCUUUUGCUUGUUUCGGCAAUACGAGUCGACUCGGACAACUCGUCCGUGGUGCUCGAUGCAGCAGUGAUCCCGCUCACCACCGAGAUGGUCACCUCUGGCCGAAUGGAGGCCUUUCUACUUGUCAUGCGAACGCUGAAAUGCUGCAACAUCAUAGUCAAUGACGAGGAGCUCAUUCUGUGGAAAAAGGUGAUGCCGGCACUGGCGGAACGAUGCCGCAUGUACAAGCACCACAGAUAUUGCGAGUAUAAGCGGAGGGGAGCAAGCAUCCCGCUGAGUACCGAUCCAGGGCAGAAGUUUUUGUGCACUUGCGGACAUGGAAAGCUGCCAACGAACUUUAUCUCGAUACCGGAGUGGGAGACUGCGGCACCGAAUGCCGUCCGCAUUGCCAUCAGUCCAACUUUUGCCGUUCCAUUGGUGGAGGAGAUGGUAGGCAUGGGGGAGGGCGUUAAGCAGCUCGCGCCGACCAGCACAUGCCGAAGCUGUGCAUCAGAGAAAGCUAAAGACGGCGGAGCAUUGAAAAGGUGCAUGAGAUGUCAAGCCGUCAAGUAUUGCUCGGCUGAGUGCCAGAAGAAGGAUUGGAAGAAGCACCGAAUGGAGUGCGAAAAGGCGGCUGAGUGA